AUGGAUGCGACUACCAUCAAGAAGGGAUCCAAGAGGAGAAGGCUGAAUUUUGCCUGUGAUUAUUUCCGGUGCGACGAGCAGCGUCCCUCCUGCCACGCCUGCCUCGUCGCCGGCAUCGACCGGAACCCAGCCCCGCUCCCCGUGCCCAGCCUCGCCAGGACAUCUCUACCACCACUGGCCCCCGUCUCAGCAGAGCGACGAACACCAGGCCCCGCCUCGUCGGAGCCGGAGACGCAACCACCGCCGCGCGCCAGCAUCCCGACCCCCAAGUCCGACUCGGCCGCCCAAAGAAGUCCUCUGCCCUCGAGCAGAAAUGAGUCCGAUUGUGCAGACGACACCUCGGGCCGCUUUUCCGGACGUCUCCCCAUGGUCCCGCGGAUCAGUGGGAGUAGCAUCCUAGAGAUUCACACGGGUUGGCUCGAAUUAGCCUUCCACAGGCUAGGCAUCGGAUGCGGCUUCAGCUCGCUGCUGUCGAACAAGCACCCGCCGUCCUCCAACCCCGCGAGCAUCACCUUGACAUUGCCGCGGAUCCCACCUGAAUCGCGAUGUCGCGAUGCCAUUGCCAGCUACUUCGCCACCAUCCACAUCUUAUACCCCAUCCUCGACCCAGCCGCCAUCGACGAAGCCCAUAAAAGUGUGCUCGUCCUCGGCCCCGCCGGCAUGAUUGAAGCCGACCGCCUCCCCGAGCUCCUGCUCCUCUACCUCGUCCUCGUCUUGGGAUCCGCCGAGACCGACCACUUGGUCGACUCCUCCGACCUAGCAACGAGCUACAUCGGCUUCUGCGAAACCAUGCUCGGGCACGCCCUAGGCUGGGGCACCUUUGACACCGUCCGCAUCACCUUCCUCCUCGCGCUCGCCCUACGUCGAGCCGACAAAAUCACCUCCGCGUGGCCCAUCACGGGCCUCUGCGUCUCGGUCGCGCAAAUGCUAGGCCUGCACCGGAAACGCUCGAGCGGCCGGCGCAGCCCGGAAGCCAUGAGCGACGAGGCCGACCAAGCCCGCCGCCGUGCGUGGUGGAGCAUCUACGCCUUUGAGAAUUUGUUUGCUUUUGAGAUUGGUCGGCCCUCCGCCAUCCAGGACCUCGAGCACGACCAGCUCGAACCCGAGGUGUCUGCGUCGGACGGGGGCCGGCAUUACCGCUAUUUCGAAGUCGUUGUGGGCCUCGCGCGGACUUUAUCCCAGUACCACAGCGCGCUCAUCAUGACUAUGCGAAACAGGUUCCUCAUCAGCGAUGCGGCCGUUCGCGUCGCCGUGGAGGACCACGCCGCAGGACAGCCGUGGAACCACGUUAUCCGGGAUGGCCAAUCCAUCGCGGCCAAUUGUGCUCGUAACAUCAUCAAGAUCUUGGUUGAGGGCCAUGACCGCGGCACGAGGCCGGCUUUGCAUACGGCUACAGCCCCAUUACAAGCACUUUACGUCUUGUCCAUGUAUUUGCUAAGGCACCCGGCCUCACGACUCGCCCCUUCUGAUAUCAACCUUAUUCACAACGCUGGUGAUUUCGCACUCGAAUAUUACGAGCGGUUCGGUGCCCAGACCAAGGUUCAGGCCGAAGACCAUUGCCCGGACCCCGAUGGCACCUCCUCCCCCUCUUCGUCUUCGUCCAUCAUCCCAAACACUCCUAGUAGCGUAUCACAGCAGACCCCGCUCGGCGUUACCCACGUGCUUCCUGAUCUACCGCCAGGGAUCCUAGAGAUGCAGGCGGGCGUUCCGAUGACGAUGCCGGAUAUUGCGUGGUCGCCGGCGCUGGCGGAUGAGAUUGGAUGGGACUGGGGUGAUUUUAGUCUGCUCUUUACAGAGCCAGGGAUGUAA